AUGGCUGAGCGCCUUUCCAGGCCUCAUGCGUCUGCAUCGCCGAGGCCGGCCUCUUCCUCAAUGGGAGGUGAAUUGACAGACCGCUACGGCUUCUUUAUUGACGCAGAGAGGAAGGCGGAGGAGAGCGAGUACAUUCGGCAGCACCCGGAGAUGCCGGCCACGCAGAAGAUGUGGGCACGCGUGUUGGUGAGGUGGGACCACACCCCAUACAAAAAAAAGAAAAAACUCGCUCGAGAAGGCAUCCCACAGUCAAUGCGACGCAUUGUGUGGCCGUUGCUUUUGAACAGCCACGAAUCUUCCAGUCUUAGCCAUGAAAAAUAUCACGUGUUAAAGUUGCGUCCACCGGCUGAUCCAGAGGUGUUUGCCGUUAUUGAACGUGACCUAGGACGCACAUUUCCGGCGCACCACUGGUUUGCGAGGGCUGAUGGUGUGGGGCAGACCAAACUUCGGGGCAUUCUUCGUGCCUAUGCCAACAUUCAUCCGGAGGUGGGUUAUGUGCAGGGGAUGGCCUUUUUAGCAUCCACUCUCUUGUUGCAUAUUGAGGAUGAGGAGGAUGCAUUCUGGGCGUUUUUUUCGCUUAUGCGCCACCCAAAGCAUUCUAUUUGGAAGAUGUUCACCCCUGGGUUCCCUGCUCUUUAUAUGCGUUUUUAUCAAUUGAAGAAACUUAUGCAGCGCAAUUGCAUGUCAUUGUUUCGUCUUUUAGAGGCAUUUCACGUGGAACCAGAGGUUUACGCGACACAUUGGUUUUUAACCCUCUUCUCAUACUGCCUGGACUUUGACCUACUCUCACGUAUAUGGGAUAUGUUUCUUUGCGAAGGAUGGAAAAUUAUUUUUCGUGUGGCGAUUGCUCUAUUUUUGCUUUGUGAGAAAACGUUGAAGGAGGCGAAGGAUGAAUGCAAUCUUCUUUUGGCUUUGCGACGCAUACAUAUGGAGGACACCGACUUGAUUCUUCGCAGAUCACUUAAGGUGAAGUUCAAGACGGCUGAUUUACUUCGCUGGGAAGCAAAAUUUGAGGCUCGCAAGUGA